UGCUGGGUCGAGCUUUGGACUAGAAUGCUGUUCUGCUGCACAGUCUUCCACUCUCAGUGAUGCAUCAUAUGAAGAAAGGCCUGCACCAAGAUGCAUGUUAUGAACUGUGUCUCUUUGGUCAAUGAUAAAGAAAAUGGUGACUGCAGCGUGGUCAUCACAGACUUAAUGCUAGAUCCCCCAUUGACACCUCCACUGCCGCCACCACCACCGCCGCCACCUCCUCCUCCACCGCCUUUUCCUCAUUCUGUACCACCACCUCCUCCCCCUCCUGGGGCUCCUCCAUUUCUGCAUAAUGGUAGUCAUGGACAUGGUCACAACAAGAAGAAACGCAUGCGGAGCUUCUUCUGGAAAACCAUCCCUGAGGAGCAGGUUAGGGGGAAAACCAACAUUUGGACUAUGGCUGCUAGGCAGCACCAAUACCAAAUUGAUACAAAGACAAUCGAGGAACUGUUUGGUCAGCAUGAAGAAACAAAGUCUGGUGUUUACAGGAGGACUGGAAGCUCCAGGUCUUCUUUCCGAGAGCCAAAGGAUGAGGUUUCACUUUUGGAUUCAAAAAGAAGCAUGAAUAUCGGAAUAUAUUUAAAGCAGUUUAAAAAGUCUGCUGAACAUAUCAUUAAUGAUAUUCGAACAGGACAAUGCGAUUUAUAUGACUGUGAGGCACUGCAAGAACUUCUUAAGCUGUCUCCAGAGCUAGAAGAGGACACAGGUAAGCAGUUGAAAGCAUUUAGUGGAGAAAUAACAAAGCUGUCUCUGGCAGAUUCCUUCAUGUACUUGUUGAUUCAGGUGCCAAAUUAUUCCCUGCGAAUAGAAGCAAUGGUGCUGAAAAAGGAAUUUUUACCUUCCUAUUCCUCCCUGAGUAAAAACAUGAUGGUUAUCAGGCUGGCCACACAAGAGCUGAUGUCAUGUGAGCAGCUGCAUUCUAUGUUGUUCUUGGUACUGCAGGCUGGGAAUAUUAUGAAUGCGGGGGGUUAUGCUGGAAAUGCCGUUGGCUUUAAAUUGUCGUCAUUGCUUAGGCUUGCAGACACCAAGGCAAACAAACCUGGAAUGAAUCUGUUACAUUUUGUGGCUUUGGAAGCCCAGAAAAAAGAUGCUACCCUGUUGACUUUCUCUGAGAAGCUUCAGCAUGUUAAUGAAGCAGCCAGGUUAUCUACAGAAAAUAUUGAAACAGAAUUCCAUUCCCUCUCUACAAAAACAAAAACCAUCAAAGACCAAAUCAAAAAGGACCCUGAACUGGUACAACAAAUGGAAGAAUUUCUGCAGGUUGCGGUGAAGGAGAUGAAAGAACUGGACAAGCAGAGAGUGGAGUUACAGAGAGAGGGUCACACCCUGAUUGAUUUCUUCUGUGAAGACAAAGAAACCAUGAAACUUGAUGAAUGUUUCCAGAUAUUCCGGGAUUUCUGUGACAAGUUCAACAAAGCAGUAAAGGAGAAUAAGGAAAGGGAAUUACAAGACCUUCGCCAGAAGCAGAGACUGAAGGAACUGGAGCUAAAACGUCAGUCCUGGGUCUGUGUAGAGGCUGGAGGUUUUGGAAGGAGUAGCAGUGAAAAUGAUGUAGAGUUACUAACAAAAAAGGGACUGGAGGAAUUUUUAUUGCAAAGGCCCCAAAGUCCACUGAGUAGGACCUCUAGCGCAAGGCGUUCUCGGCUCUCAUUAGGUGUUACAGCAGACAGAGAACUUCAGAUGUAUUUGGAAGCCCCUCAGGAUGAUCAGUUAAAAAAAUGUAAUAGUCUACCCAGAACGUACACUCGACAGUCUAGACCAACAAUUGCAUGGAUAAAUUCCACAGACAAAAAUGACCAGGACAAUACGCACUUAAAUAAAAAUGAAGCAAUAAAAAAUUCCUCACCUUUGCCUACAGUACUUAUUAAUAGUAUGGGAGAGCACCACACUGCCAUAACGAAUAAGCAUUACAAGCAGACCAAUAUAGACCGUAAUAACAACCAGUCACAAAACUGCCAAGACAAUGGAGAAGCUUCACUCAAAAAGACCCCUUUAAGCCCAUUAGCUGUUACUGUUCAGGAACGUGAACUGGUUAAAAAGUUACGUAAAUUUAGUCUACAAGGAUCUGUACAUGGAAACGCAGAAGAUGUUUGCAUUACGGAUUUGGAGACAUUUGAAGACUCAAGUUUUUAUUCCCUUAGCCUUGCAGAUGAACUUAGCCCAUCUAAAAAUACCAAAGGCACACCGUCGAGCACACCUGAUGAGGACAUUGAUAUGACUGAAGGAUAUUUAAACAGUGCAAGCUCUCCUGUCUCACAAAAUACAUGUACUUCUGAAAAGAAAGAGCAUGCACCAUUUUUCUAUUUUGAAGAUACUACUGAAAACUCGUUAUCUUUAGAUAGUUCUGAAGCACAAAGUGUCAGCUGUAAUAAUGGGGGUCCAUCAGUUGUAAUGGAACAUAAAAGUGAAAUAGAGGACAAAUCUCCGUCUGAUCAGCACAAAAAUGUAGACUGUAGCACUGGAGAUGCUGGCAGUACUAAAGAAAAUACAAUAAAAUGUAAAGAUCAUAAAAGACCCAACUCUGUGAAGGAGAGAACCUCAAGCUUCACAAAAACAAAUAAAGCUCGUUCAAGUAAUACAACUACAACGAAACCUGUGCGCAUGUUGAAUGAGUCAGAGCAUGUGACAAUGCGGAAGGUUGUCCCCAUUUCUAAGACCACCAAGUCAGGAAGUAUAAAACGUACAGAGCUCAGAAGCCCCUUGCGAGAUGAAGGGAAAUCAGAUGAACUGAAGCAGACCUUUCGGCAUUCCCUUAGAACCAAAAAUGAUAAUGUCCCAAGGACUUCCCCAAUAGCCCCUCCAACUGCUGAAGAACCCAAGCUACAAAGAGGUUCAAGCUUUAUAUCUAAUAGUUCACGUUUUCAAAGGGACCAGAUCCAGCGCAAAAGUUCUGUAAGAAAACCAGCAGCAAAACCAGUUAGGAAUAUUACUAAACCGAAGCCUGAGGAAACCAAGAUAUGCAGGACAUCUCCAAAAGAAUCUAAUUCUGCUGAUAACAGCAAACCGCAACCUACCACAUCUGUCAGCAGCCCCAAAACCUUGCCCUCUACACCAAGUUUUGCUAGAAACACUGUUGCAUCAUCCUCAAGACGCACAAAACCAGAACAGUCUCCUCCAACUCCAGGAAAGACUUCAACAAUAACUAGAUCAUCAUCACUACGACAGUCUAAAGGAAAGUCUGAAGCAUUAACUAGGGAUGCAAACCCAAGGGAAAAUGGAAGUGCAAAUACAUUUAAAAGGACCAGUAGUAUGAGGACAACUGGGAAAGGAAAAGAUGCAGUUAAAAAUGUUACACCUGAGAUAGUUCAAAAGGAGAAGAGCAUUGUUGAAAAGUCAUCUGUGAAACUUAAAGAUACAGGCAAAGCUACCCUAGAUAAAAUACUGAAACCUUUGCUAAAGUAGAUGGUUAACUUCAAGCUCCCAUUAUUAACAUGACAACCCCAGUCUGGGCGAUUUUAAAGAUCUUGUUUUUCAGUUCCACACUUGACGAGCUGCGCACAUUACAGUUUGCAGCAAUUUUGAUAUUAAGAAAAACAUGGUGAUUGGUAUGGCCAGAUACCCUGCGUGGAAAAUGGAUUAGACAGCCUUGUGAAGGAAUUUGUGCUGGACGUAAUGUGAUAUUUGUGGAGCUCCACUUGAUGGGUAUUUUUACAGAUUGCAUUAAUUGGAAAGCUCUACUUUCAAAGGGGAUUGUUCAACUGUAAAACAGAACUCUGGUUAGUGUUUGACCUCCAAAGGUACAAAUUAUUCAUCGACUUCAUAUGGUUGGCUGCUUCCAGCUAAUGGUAUAUUUAAUCAUACUGCCACUGGCAUGGAUAUUCCAAAGACUCUGCUGGGUGGAGUCUUUUUGCUAAACUGGAUGAUAAAAUGACUGGCACAGGUGUGUUUCACAACCUCUCAAGGAAGCACACAAGAGGAUGAGUCAUUUAGGACAAUGUUGUGUUCAUAUUUAAAGCUAUCCAGUUUUAGGUGUACAAAAGUGCCAUGUAUUUAUUAUGCAUUUGAAAGGUGUUACCGUACUAUAUUUAAAUGCUGAAUCUUUUUGAGAGCACUUCAACCAUUCCAUGUUUUCCAUUGUUCUUGUUCCUUGUUUAGUUAACAUAUGAAUCCUGCUGCUAGGUUUGUGUCCUGUAAGCUUUGAUCGGGGAUAAAAAGGACUCUGUUCUUCGUAUUCCUCUCACUGUUGGCCAAACACAGUGGAACUCACGUGUGAUGAAUAAUAAUGAUUUGCUCCUAGCAUUCGGCGACUGUGCUCAAUAUAAGCCAGCCCCAUUAUAUGUUUACACAUAUGUCAUAGCUCAUCCU